GAAAAAGAUCAGAGGAAAUCAAAGAGUUACUACUGCUUGCUUAGAAGCGCUAUAUUUAUCAUUUUCAUUACUCAUUUUACCCGCUAUGUUGGAUUUGUUUUGGAAAUUGACAUCUGAGAAGCCAGAAAUAAGAAGAAUACCACACCAUGACGAGUCUAAUGUUAAAUUGCAUACCAUUAAUCAUGCGAAUAAAGCUAGCACUUCAAAUAAUCCUGAGCAAGAAGCAACUACAGCUUCCACUAGCUCUGCGGAUAGCUGGGAGCAGCGAGAUAGAUUAGAAAGCCUGCAGGUUGACGAUGCGCAUCUUCGCCAACUGAAGGGGAAGAUCCAGCUUGCAGAAGCACAGAGGAUCGAUUAUCGGGGUAGGACACCUCUUAUAAGGUCUCCGGACAAGAAAGAGGGUCUUUCGGAUUUUUUACGAGAUACUAGUAGAAUAAAAGGAUUUGGCUUGCGCGAAGCUUACCUAUACUCUUACUGGAAAGACAUGCGCUUCGUGAUAGCUAUGUUAGCCAUAAUAGGAUUAUCUCUGUGGUGGUUUAUAGUGCCAGACCCUGUCCUGGUAAGCCCUUAUGCCCUCUCCUCGCCGGACCUACCGCUUCUUAUAAAGGUUGCGAAGGACACCGUUGUGGAACGUGUAUGCAGCGACCAUCCGUGGAUGACGAGUCCGUGCCCGUGUGGAGAACCGCUCAAUAACGAGGUGCGGAUGCUUCUUCCCUUCCUCUUGAUGCGGAAUUCAAGGCUAGGAGAGAGCAAGGGGCGUAGCGACUACUACUCUAUAAGUAAUAGAGAAUUUCUAUUAACCAAGCUUUGAUAGAUACUUAUCUUUGGGGAACUCUUUUAUUAUCUAUAGUCUAUGUGCCCGCCGGGACUGGGGUUGGUUCUGACCUCGUCCUAGAAGAUUCAUACUUAAUCUAUGAAUGCAAGCUGAGAGGGAGGAAAGGAAUGAUACAUUACAUCAAUCAACUUGAAUUCGAGAC